AGAAAUGGAAUUGCUAUUCUCGAUUCAGACAAGACACUUAUUUGUUUACGAAACGCUUUUCAUUUUAUAGGAUCUCCCAUUCGUCAAAAAGGCCGUUCCUUCUUUUUAAAGACCAAUCAUAUUUUUAUAUAUGAGAUAAUGGAAGAGAUGGCGAGCCGUAUCAAUGAUUCUCAAUGGAGGAUCGGGGCUUUUUUGACCAAUUCUUGUUCAAGUCCGAAAAAAAUCCGUUCGAGAAAGAAGAAGAUCAAUUUAGGGUCGAACCAACAACCUGAUUGUGUAGUUAUUCUGGAUUCCGAUAGAAAGUCUUCGGUCAUACUGGAAGCUGAUCGAUCACAAAUCGUGAUCGAAUGA